UAUAUAUAUACACACACAUAUCAAGACUUUAGACUUUUCUCCAGUUUAAACUGUGACAUUUUUGUUAUGGACAUUCCAGCAAUGGAGCUUUGUAUUUUUGUUAGAGAACAGCUCCUUUCUCAGAAGAAUUUAAUUAGUUAAAAACAGAAAAUAUAUACAUAUUUAGGUGCAGGAGUAGUUGUGUGGUAAGUAGCUAGUUUACCAACCACAUGGUUCUGGGUUCAGUCCCACUGCAUGACACCUUGGGCAGUGUCUUCUACUAUAGCCUCAGGCUGACCAAAGCCUUGUGAGUGGAUUUGGUAGAUGGAAAUUGAAAGAAGCCUGUCAUAUAUAUAUGUAUAUGUUUGUGUGUCUGCAUUUGUCCCCCCCCCCCAACAUCGCUUGACAACCGAUGCUGGUGUGUUUACGUCCCCUAUAACUUGGUGGUUCGGCAAAAGAGAUCGAUAGAAUAAGUACUAGGCCUACAAAGAAUAAGUCGUGGGGUCGAUUUGCUUGAUUAAAGGCAGUGCUUUAGCAUGGCCACAGUCAAAUGACCGAAACAAAUAAAAGAAUAAAUAAGCAUUAGAGUUGAGAGAGUAAUCUGAUGGUAUCUCAUGAAGAAGAGGACAAAGGACCAUAACAAUUGAUAAGACAUAAAGCUGGUGAGGGGCCAUCUACAAAAAUGGCAAAACCCCCUUUUAAUACCAACCAGCCCUGAUUCUAUGAUACAAACUUCCUGUUUUAAAGUGGGCUAUGUGGUAAGUAGCUUGCUUAUGAACCACGUGGUUCCGGGUUCAGUCCCACUGCAUGGCACCUUGGGCAAGUGUCUUCUACUAUAGCCUCGGGCCGACCAAAACCUUGUGAGUGGAUUUGGUAGACGGAAACUGAAAGAAGCCUGUCAUAUAUAUGUGUGUUUGUGUGUCUGUGUUUGUCCCCCCACCAUCGCUUGACAACCGAUGCUGGUGUGCUUACGUCCCCGUAACUUAGCGGUUCGGCAAAAGAGACCGAUAGAAUAAGUCCUGGGGUCGAUUUGCUUGACUAAAGGCGGUGCUCCAGCAUGGCCGCAGUCAGAUGACUGAAACAAGUAAAAGAGGUGACUAAUCAUGUCAGAUGGGGUGCAGAUCUUGUCAUCUGUUCCUGAGUCUCUCUUGACAACAGCCACUGUUCAAGACAUUAGCCAAGGAGGAGAACUGAUCACUUCUGGUACUCCCAUAGAAAUAAUCCACACUUCACCCGAGACAAUAGCGGCACUCUUACCAAAGAAUGGACAAGCUGUCUGCCAAGAUGCAGAAACAACAAUUGCUCACAGUGGAGGUAAUCAAAAUGGUGCACCAACUUUACAGAGUUUACUUGCUACUCCUGUGACAAAUGGUCAGCUACAAAUCAUUACAGUUACCUCCCCUGCUCAGGAACUCCUAAACUCGACCCAAUCUGAUGGUGGUGAGAAGGUCUGGCAGGUUGUGCCCAGCUCAGUGAACCCUGAAAUUGCUACAAUUAUUGCUGUAAAUACCAAUAACUUUGAAGUAAAAGCAGAACUUCCAGAUGUCGAUCAACUUGAAAAUAUUGAGAAUUCCGAUUCCAAUGAAGUUUCAGCAACAAUCAGUGAAACCGAUUCUGGGAUGAUGUUAGUUUCCCCUCUUCCGCAACCAUCACCUCAGUCCAUUCAUUCUCUGCCGCUCAAUUGUCCCUCAUGGGCAGCACGACUUCAUAAUUGCCAGAUGAUUGGCAACUCAUUUCGAGGUUAUGUUGAGAGUGAGAUAGAAGUCGACCUGUUGCUAACUUACCACAAACAACAAACUCACAGUUACUGGGGGACUCGACAGUCUCCAAGUCCUGCAAAACCUUCAACUCGCCUUAUGUGGAAGUCUCAAUAUGUCCCAUUUGAUGGGAUCCCUUUUGUGAAUUCAGGAAGCCGGGCAAUUGUUAUGGAAUGUCAGUUUGGUCCUCGGAGAAAAGGAAACUUGAAGAAGAAACAAGCUGAACAGAAUAAUAAAAAACCUGAAUACACACAAACCUGUCCUGCUCGGAUUUACAUCAAAAAAGUUAAAAAAUUCCCUGAAUUUACAGUUGAUUUAAUGCAAGAUAAAAGAUCGUUAAAAAUUUCAAUGGACAAACGAUUUCAAGAAUUAAAAUCUUCUUGCCUUGACAACAUUGGUCAAGAAAGGUAUUAUGUACAACUGCCCACUGAAAAUGCGCACGAGUUUCACGCAGAGAAUGUGGAACCAGCAUCACCCAAAUACGAUACAGCUGUUGAACUAGAUGUUGAAGCCAAAAACAAUGUAUUGUCCUCCCGGUUACAUCCAAGAGUUCAGGAUAAAAUUCGAGAAAUGGUGGCUGCUGGAGAAUCUCGUAUUUAUGUCAUUCGCAAACAGUUACGGAAUUUUGUAACCAAAGAAUUGUACCCAGGGAAUCCUGAUAAUAGUCCCGAACGCCAUGAUCUCACACUCUUUCCUACUGUUAACGAUCUGAAGAAUCACAUUCAUCAAGCUCUCAAAGACAUCGGAACUGGGAAACUUCCUUAUACUUCUCCUGCUCAACAUCUUAACUUGGAGAUAAUUACUAGUAAUGAUAUGCAAACUUCUCAGGAUGGUGACAAAAGCUGUGAUAUGACCCAGCUGGGCACAACAAGUGUCUGGAACACGGGUUCUAAUGGCACCAACAACAGUGAUAACCCUAAUGCUGUCCCAGAAACUGUGACAGUCACGUUUACACAGAACCCAGGAGAAGAUGGUCAACACGUAAUCUCUCGAAUCGAGACCCAUUUAAGUGAUGGCACAACACAAGUCUCUACCAGUUUAACACCUGAAACUGCUCAACUACUUUCGAAAAUACAUCCAAGUCUUAUUUCUGCUGGAAGUUUUAUCCAGUUACCAUCAAUUCCAUCUGAUGUGAUGAAUAAUGAAGCAUUAACUGUCACUUCUGCCAUUGACGAUGAGACGAACAUUUCCCAUGAUCAGCAAUGUGAAGAACUUCAUUCAGAGAUUCCUGCUACAGCUCUGUCGUCAGAAUCUGUAACAACUUUACAAGUUGUGCCAGCAGACAGCUCCCAAUAUAUACAAACUGCUGAUGGCACGCACCAAAUUAUUGAGGCAACACAUUUAGUUGAUGGUACUCAGUUGGUUGAAACUGGAUCGUCACCAAUGACGAUUCAUGAAGCUCAUAUAAUCCAAGCAGAUGGCACGGCCAUUGUACAAACGGACAAUGUACAGCUGCUGCCACCUGGAUUAACAGCUCAAAUAGUUAAUCCUGAUGGUACGGAACCAAACUCAAGGCAGUUAAUUACAGUUGCGGUUAAUCGACAACCGGGUUCAUUGGUGCCACUUCACAGUGCCUCUUCAGUUGAAAAAGUUUAGGAAGUUUUAAACUGUUUCAUUGUUGCCACAGACUACAGUAAUUUUAAACUGUACCAGUUUCAGCAUGGUGAUGGUGGUGACGGUGGAAGCAAUACAUUUGACAAUGUCAAAGGUCAUCAGUGUCAUGGAGAGAUGAGAGAGAGAGAGGCAGAGAGAGGGGGGUGUUGUUGACAUUGUUCUGUUAGAAUUUGUAUUAUUCUGAGAGUUGGAAGUUGUCCUGCUCAUGCCCCUCCCCCCCUGGUUUCUGCUAACUCCAGACUAUCAGUGACACACAGACACAAAUCCAUCAACAAACAACAAAAAAGAACCCAAGUGGGGG